GGCCGGAGGGCAUCAGCUCAACCUGUGAUUGCGCGACGGAGCACCGACCUUCCCUCCCUCCCUGUCUGCUCAUCGCCUCGGGCAGGCCGACGCGUUCCUCUCCCCACUCUGUGCCUGAGCUCAACCUCCGACUGCUGAGAGAGAAAGAGAGAGAGAGAGAGAGAGAAGGAAGAGAGCGAAGGAGAUCGAAAAGCAGGAAAAGAAGAAAGAAGAGACAACGAUUGUGCGUAGGCGGGCUGCGAUUAGGGCAUGGAUCCGAAGUACUCGGCAGAGGUGUUGAAGCAUCUGGAGAAUCAGAGCGAGAUGCUUACACAAGUCCAGAGGUCCAUGUCACAUGAAUUGCACAAACUUCAGGUCGAGGAAGAAAUGCUCAUGCGCAAGCUCUAUGAAAUCAUGACUGUGCAUGGAUAUGCAAAGAAGAGCCAAAACAAGAAAGAUGAAUCCAACGAUGGUAAAGUUGACCAGUAACCAUCACCGGAUGCCGGAGGAGUCAUCGUUCAACUAGUUCCAGUUAGAAAUAUGUUUAACUAUCUGUAUGGACGUGGCCGAUGAAAGAACAGUUACUCGAUUAGUCUGUAUGGAGCGUUUGUCAGCAGUGCUUCUUGUUCGACAUAACCUUUUGUAGCGCUAAGGGGAUAGAAGAAAGAGAAUUCCAGGAAGUGCCGAGAUUUGGAUUAUUAAAUUGGUGUAAAGAAUAUUUGUUGCACAGAAUAUACUUGUUUGCCAUAUGAAGAUCUUGAUGUCAGUGAUCUUUAGUUGAGACUGUUUUCCAGUUUUCCAGAAAAACUCGGGCGACUGAAUCAUUUUUUCA